CGCCCCGCCUCCCGGGCGGUGGCGCUCCCGCCCCUCUCUGCCGUGCCUGUGUGCGCGGACAGCCCGCGUGGGGAGGAGGGCUCCUCUCCUCUCCGCUCCGCUCCUCACCUCAGCGCGGCGGGGCGCCAUGGGGCGGGUGGGGCGCCGACUGCCAGCGUUGGCAGCGCUCUUCUACGGGGCACUGGCAGCGCUGGUGCUGCUGGGGGUGCGGGACGUGCUGUUGGUCUACGAGGAGAACCGGUGCAGCAUGACCUACAUGUACGAGUACCCCGAGUACCUGAAAAUAAAACUACCCAAGAAAACAGCCAGACGAUACCCAGCAUAUGAGCUGUAUCUCUAUGGGGAAGGGAACUACGCCAAAGAAAACAAAAAUCUCCUACUGACAGGAAUUCCAGUUCUUUUUCUUCCUGGGAAUGCUGGCAGUUACAAACAAGUACGUUCUCUUGGCUCCAUUGCACUUAGAAAAGCAGAAGAUGUUGAGUUCAAGUAUCAUUUUAAUUUCUUCAGUGUCAACUUUAAUGAGGAGUUGGUUGCAUUGUAUGGUGGUAGUCUGCAACGACAGACCAAGUUUGUGCAUGAAUGCAUAAAAGUAAUUCUUAAGUUGUACAAGGAUCGAGAAUUUGCGCCGAGCAGUGUUGUAAUAGUAGGUCAUUCCAUGGGUGGUCUUGUUGCAAGGGCAUUGCUUACUCUGAAGAAUUUUAAGCCUGAACUUAUAAACCUCCUUAUUACACAAGCCACACCUCAUGUUGCACCUGUAAUGCCUUUGGACAGAUAUCUUACUGAUUUUUAUACAUCUGUAAACAAUCAUUGGAUUCUAAAGGCCCAAGAGUUAAGAAAUUUAACUACCCUUUCUGUGGCGGGAGGAUUCAGAGAUUACCAAGUUCGUUCAGGACUGGCUUUUCUACCAAGAUCAAGUCAACAUGACAGUGCCUUAUCUGUUGUGAGCUCAGCUGUGCCUAGAGCUUGGGCCUCAACAGACCAUCUCUCCAUAGUGUGGUGCAAAGAAUUGAUCCUGGCUACCAUUAGAGCUUUUUUUGAUCUCAUAGAUGAAAAUACAAGGCAGAUAACUGAGGAUCCCAAGAAGAGGAUGUCUGUACUGAAUCACCACUUUGUGAGACAUCCUGCCAAGAUAUUUGAGGAAAAUCCUGAAGCUUUUACAGAACUCACAGGAACUUUCACGUGGAUUACAGUCAAAGCCUCAAAAUGGACUUACUCAGUUUACAAUGAUUCUGAUGGAAAAUAUUUCACAUUUCCUCUUGCAAGUCACAGAAAAUCCUACAGUCAUGUUUACUGUGAAAGCACUCUGUUGGACACAAGUAGCUGGAUUUUUGGCUGUAUGAACAGUAAUUCACCAAUGUGCCUGGAAGCUACUGACUUAUCCUGGAAAGCUGAGUUACUUCCAACCACCAAGGUUGUCAUGCUAAAACUUCAGGACCAUCCUUCUUUGUCCCACAUUGUCAUUCAGGUACCACCCACAGUUGGCAAUAAGUAUACUUUGAAGUGUGAAUUCUUCAAAGAGGAUUCCAGAACAGUACAGCUUCCUGUAACGCAUCUGUUUUCAUUUGGGCUUUCUUCAAGCAAAAUUCUAUUAAAUUCAACUGGCUUACUUUACAAUGUACAGCUCCAGCACUUCAACCGAAUAUAUCAAGCUUUCAAAAUUUAUAUAGAGAGCCACUGCCAGUCACUCAAAGAAAGAACACCUAGUGUUUACAGACUUCAUAUACCCUGGUCACAUGAAGACUCCAUAAUUGUAGCAAAAAUUCCAUCUUCAACUGAGAUUUCUGCAAAGCUGCAUAGUGCUCAGCCUCAGAAUGAGAGCAGGGUUCCAGAGUUAAAUAUUUACUCUUCCUCAGACUGUCAGUACGAAGUAAUUCUGAAGACCUCACUUUUACAGGUUCUUGGGCAACUUAUAAGGUUCCAUGCUGGUGCUCUUCCGGCCUAUAUUGUUUCUAAUAUUCUUCUUACUUAUGGAGGACAAUUGAGCACAUUGGUAUCAACAGGCCAGUGUUCAGACUUUUCCCUUGAACUAGUUAGGACAGCUAAACCCUACAAAGUAGAACCUCUUAUAAGCAUUGUUGUGUUUCUGCAGGGGUUUAACUGGUUUAGAGAGAGAUGGGAAUCACUGUCACUACCAGAGAUGGAUGCUGCUGUACUGAGCAGUCGGGAUGCAUGGUUCCCCCUUGUGUCCCUGAUUCUAUUUCUUUUUGGGACAGGCAUUGCCUACUGGAGUGGAGUAUUUUUCUCUACAUCUCUGAGACUCUUCUCUUCACUAUGGUUAACUAUGAUGAGACCUCCUGUGCUUCAAAAAGAUAAGUUGAUUACACCCAGAAGACUCUGUGGGGCGUUAUCCCUUGCUCUAGUUAGCUGGAUCACUUGUGGUGCACUUGCUGUAGUCAUUGUUUAUCUUCAAUACUUGUUUAAGGUUAUAAAACUGCACAUGAAUGUAAAAUCAGAACAAAACACGCUCAAUGGGGAUUCAGGCUGCUCAAAAGAAACUUCACAGAACUCCAGGAUACACACAGUCAAAAACCAGAGUUCAGUGGACAGUAUUCCAGAAGCAACACAGUCUCUUUCCAGCAGUACCAUUGCUGAAGCUGUUAACAGUCUUAAGAUGCAUGUUACAAUUCUUAAUUUAUUCACAUGGAUCGUGCUGCUCAACUUGCCAUCCUUAAUUUAUUGGUUAAAAAAUCUCAGGUACAAUGUUAAACUUGAUCCUGAUCCAUGUAGAUCUACAGCUAUUAUCAUCACAUGCAUUUUAGAAAUUCUCAUGAAUUCAAGUUCCUCUGAAGUGAAAUCAAGUAAACUCUUGAAGAUCACAGCUAAAGUUCCACUUCCCUUGUCUGUUGCGAUGCUGGCCUUUGGACGAAUGCAUUUAUACAAAGUACCAGACUUCGUGACUUUUUUUCUUCUUCUACACGUGCUGUGUUGUGUUGUGUAACAUUUGUUAUGCAUAGAAAGAACAGCGCAGCCCAGAAACUGAACAUUGGAGAUGAGGCAAAUUUCAACAAAGGAAUGCCUAGGUCAAUACCAUCCUUAGUUUACAUUCUAUGGGAAAGGGGACAGAACUGUGAAUCUUUAUGGGAAGUUUGUGGUUCUGUUCAUGUUGCUUAGAAGUUUUUUCAUGGUGUUUAUUUCCUGACUGUGAAAAGUAAGUUAAUUAACUAUUGUGUCUAAGCACAUAAAUCGUAUCAGUGUAACAUCUUGGUACUGUUAGCCUUGUAGACACUCUGGUAUUUAACUACACUUCUUUGCUGAAAUGGACUUUUUUUUACUCACUAUGCCAUACAGUGCAUCUGUUCUGAACUUGCAUCUCUUGCAGGUCUAAAUUAUGCUGGUUAAAACUCAACACAUUUCAAGCACACUGUGACUAUCACAAAAACUACACAACCAAGUAUACUUUCAAUCAUUUUAUGUUACAUUUAAAAGCUGCCACAGUUGUGACUAGACAGACUAGAAUGUACUGCUUAUUUAAAACUGUUAUUUCUAUCAGAUCAUUUGUUCAAUCAGUAUGAAUUGAACAUUUGUGAGAUUAUUGGAAGUCUUACACAUUUUACUUUUUGUGAGAGAACAACAAUAUUCUGUGUAGCUUUCUAUUCAGGAAGGAUACCAGCAGAUUCAUAAAUAAUUUGCUGUAAUGUUGUUUUAAAACAUUGUCAGUUUUCUCUGGAAUUUUGUCAAUUCUGAAAUCACUCCUUGGACCUUGUCCAUAUGUAGAAGCUAGCAAACACUGAGGUAUGGUGUGUUUUUAUGGUGCAGUUGCUGUAAACACACUGUUUCCAAAUAGACAAGGCAGGGCUUUUUUCCUCUUCUCAAUCAGCUGUCUCAUAACAAAUAUCCAUACAUGAAAUUAAUAUGAAAUAGUUAACAACAACUCAUGCCCUGCCAUACAGUGCUAACUUCCUCAUGUGAACAAACAAUUAAUAGUGGGAAAAACUGACCAUAAUUUUUAGCUCUGUAUAAAGUAUUAGUGCCUAGAUGCUACAGUGACUGCCAUUUAUAACAAAUCCUAAAAUACCUUUGUGUAAGGAAUUCUGUCCCCUGGGUUUGUGUUUUGCCAACAGAAGAAAUCUCAGUAGCCAUUAGGUGAUAAUGAUGCAUUGAUUUUGCAUAGAGAUGAGCCUACUAUUUGCUUCUGCAUUAGCUGUCUCCGCUCUGUCCAAGAUAGCUGCUAUCUUCAUAUGGAAAUAUCAGAUUACAUGAAUAAUAAGAGGAAAUCUGCUACCUGCAGUCAAUCAAGUAUGUUCUUGAUACAGUAGUACAGCCAGCCUGACCCAUUAAUUUUAUGGUAUCUCAUUAAUCUUGCCUGAAGUGCCUCAGUUAGUUCUAGUGUGUUGUUAGGGUCAAUGAAUUUGAGAUGGCUGGAAAGAAUUCGAACAGUAACUUUCUGAAAUGAAGGACAAAUGUGAAGUAAGCAUGUGUUUCGUGUGCUUAUAUGCAAGUCAGCAGUUCAGAUUAUCGCUAAGUCAUUCAAACUGCUUUAACUGUGUAGAACUUCUGUAGUUAACCAGACCACUGUCACUGCUAUCAGUAAUCUGUGUGCUGGUAUUCUGGUCUUAACCUGUUUUAGAAAAGGUUAGAUUAUACAUAGUGUCUAUAAAUGGGAAAAGUUAUUUCAAUAGAUUAUAUCUUGAUACUUUGUAGUCAAAUGUAUGCUACAGUAUAUGUAUGUAAGAUAAUUUCUGUGUCUAAAUAUACUUGUAGCAAAAUCCACCAGUUGGGUUAACUUAAUAAUUGCUGUUCAGACAUACAAGAAUAGAGUAGCUAUUCUACUUUCAAAUAGCUGUGAAUGAAAGAUGGUGGCAGCACUGCAUCGGGGCUGGUAAAAGGCUGUCUGUGAAAGGAUCUGAUUUUUGUGAAUGAUAAUUUUCCUUGGCCUUCACGAUAGUUUUGGUAUACCACUGAUUUUGUUUUGUCAUUUUAAUGGGCUCUUUAUGCACAAAUGCAUUUGUUGUUGUUUGUAGAACAAAAUAAUAAUCAGAAUAAAGAGAGCAGACGGUUCUCUCUGAGAGCUUAGGUGUCUGAUCCCAACUAGAUUUUCUGUAUAAUCAGAGGAGGGGGAUAGGCUUAGAGCAACCCCAGAGAACAAUUAAUCCCCUUCUGAGAGAGGAUGCCUAGUUGCCAUUCUGAAAAUGCAAGAUUUUGCAACAGUCUGAAAUUGUUUUUCAGGUAAAAUAUACUGAUUGAUUGUUAUUACUUUUGGAGAAGAGACUUCUGUUAUGUGAAUGUCUGGUUCUGCCACUGUUUGUAAUUAUAAUCGCUGCAGAAACAUAGGCUAAACCAGUAUAAAUACUUCUAAUUGUGUAUAUGAGGAAGUGUAAGUAUCCCUUAUUAUGAGUGGGCUGCAUCUAUAAAACAGCUUUGGCAAAUAUAUUGUAAUGUGUCUUAGUACCUUUAAUAUUCCAGUUUCUCCUUUAAAUUUUAGAUUAUCUAGACUGUGUGGGAGAAGAUUGAGACCCAAAUUAACUUGUAAUGGAUUAGACCUCUGCCCUGGAAGGGGAGAUUUCUAUUAUCAUGCAAACCCAAAUUCUGUCGUUCUCCUUCAGAAGUUACAGUAUUGAUUUGGCAGACCCAUUGUUCUUUAUCCAUGUGGAUGUUCAUCACAUUUAGAUGGAAAUUAUGCCACGUAAACAUUUAGGUUGAGAUUAAGCCACUAUUUUCUUCUCUUGUACCUCUUUCUAAUUUUUUAUAAGCUAUCAGAAACAGAAUUUAAAAAAAAAGAAACAGGUAAGAACUUAAAGUACCAAAUGUCACUGAUUUUAGGUACAGCAUAUAUGUACAGCAGCAUCUUUCUUUGGCAGGGGCAGAGGGAGAUUCAAUAAGAAGCUUUAGUGACAUCUCCAUACGCUGAAUUGCUCUUGAAGUCUGUAAUAUUUUCUGGCUGAUAUGAUCAAACGUGUUCAUCAUAGUGUUAUCACACUGCAAUCAUUGUAGCUACAUCUAUAGCUAACAGUUUAUAAAAGGUCUGUAUUUUUCUGGUGAGGAAAAACCAUUACCUCUUAACUGAAUUACCAAAUGUACCUUGAAACUGAGUGAAUGAAUGUUGCCCAAAAGUGAUAUUUUCAGUUUUGAUUUAAAAGUUGGUUGCAGUAUGUCAUGUUUCAGCAUUGUGUUAAAAGGGGAUUGUUUUUGGGGGCUUUGUUUUGUUUUGUUUCCAAAAAAAUUGCAGUAACUGAAAUAUAAGUUAAUAAUAUUCCUCAGAGUUAUGCUCUCAUUGUGGUUUUGAGUGAGCUGAUGCAUGUAGCAAUUAAUUCCAAAACAUUAAUUUGCAAAGUUUUAAAACAAAUAACAAAACCCUAAACAAGGCAAUAGUAAUAUAUCACAGAAGACAGAGACAGCUUGUGUGUCUAAGUGAGCUUUUCAACUGU